UUGACUACAGAGACCUAUCCAACCUAUAAAAUGGAAAACAGAUGUAAUUGUUUAGCCAACAGCGACAGGCUUUCAAACCCCAUCCUCUACAACAUCCUCAGCCAAAUGGAUAACAGCAAAUCAAGCCAAAACUACAGCUCAGUACCUCAUAGAUGCUACUGUGAGCUGCGACGGACUGUGUGCCUGAAAAGACCAGCUGAGAUUUGUAAAGAAGCUUCAACAGUUUUGGUUAAAACUGCCCAUUUCAUGAAGAACUUACCCGCUUUUAACCAGCUGCCACCAAACGACCAGUUCUUGCUUCUCAAAAGCUGCUGGGCACCACUCUUCAUUUUGGGUCUGGCUCAGGAGCAUGUGGACUUUGAGGUGACUGAUAACCCUGCUGACAGCAUGCUGAAAAAGAUUCUCCUGAACCAUCAGGAGAACCCUGAGAUGGAGCAACCCACCAUGGCAGGUGUCAGCAAACUCAAGUCCUGCCUCAAAAAGUUUUGGAGUUUGGAUUUGAGUCCAAAGGAGUACGCAUACCUAAAAGGGACCACAAUAUUUAAUCCAGAUGUCCCAAAUCUAAAGGCAGCUCUGUUUGUUGAAGGCUUGCAACAGGAAGCCCAGCAUGCCCUCAGCGAGGUGGUCCAGCUCCUCCACCCAGGGGACCAGGAGCGCUUUGCUCAAAUCCUCCUCACAGCCUCCAUGCUGCAGGGCAUCACACCCAGCCUCAUCACUGAACUCUUCUUCCGGCCUAUGAUAGGCCAGGCGGAUCUGCUGGCACUGCUGGUUGACAUGCUCUUCUGCAGAUAG